AUGCAGGACGUCAACUACGACGCCUAUAUUCGCAGUGGCUACUACGGGUAUAUUCGCAGUGGCAUCCCCCGUACCAGGUGGUAUACCCACUUGGAUGGGGCCUUCAGGGGCUAUGGGUGUUUGAAUAAUGACAGGCCGGAGUUUCCCAUACACCCCAUCGGCUAUGUUCCUGUGGGACACGUCCACAGGGCCAGAAGUGUAGGUGCUGGAACUACAGUGAAGCGCGUGGAUCUACCAGACGAGCCUGACAGGAUCACGCUGCAUUAUGCUUGUACCUACAACCACCCGGAUGUGGUGUGGCUCCUCAUCAAGAAAAAUUGGAACAUAAAUGCCCGUGAUGAUGAAGAGAGCACACCCCUAAUUAAGGCUGUACAGCGGGACCAUGAAGAAUGCGUGUCGAUUUUACUUAACCUCGGCGCUGAUCCACACGCCAUGAAUGUGUGUGGAAAAAACGCACUCCACUAUGCCGUGCUUAGGGGGAACAUCCAAAUGGCUGAAGAACUGCUGGCCUGCGGUGCUGAUAUUGAAGCCAGAACAAAGCGUGGAUUCACACCAUAUUUGCUCUGUCUUCUCGAAAAGAAAGAGGAGAUGGCAGAAUUCUUGAAAGCAAAGGGUGCAGAUGUGCAUGCUGAGGUUGAAUGGAAAAGUGAGACAACAGGUUUAAAGUCAAUCCUUAAGUCUGCACAGAUUGGCACAG